GACCCUGAACACAAUACCGGACCCUGAACACAACACCGGAGCCGCCAACCCGAACCGGAAGCCCAGAGUAGAUCCAGCCGAGGACAACAUGCUGCACGAGGCCGCUCAUCACCUGGACACCUUCAACAGUGAUCCAUGUCUGAUGAUGAAACAAAGAUCUUCUCCGCAUGAGAUGAAGCUCAGUGAAGGAGGUUCUCGCCCCCGGUUCGUCCGUAGGGUCUCCACUAACAGUCGUGAGCGUUGGCGUCAGCAGAACGUAAACGGAGCGUUCACAGAGCUGCGGCGCCUCGUCCCCACGCACCCUCCGGACAGGAAGCUCAGCAAGAACGAGAUCCUGCGCCUGGCCUCCAGGUACAUCAACUUCCUGGACGGGGUGCUGAUGGAGCAGGAUGUCAGGGGGGCCGUCAGAGGCCGAGCAGGGAGCGUGGAGGAGGAGGAGGAGGACGGGCUGUCACCGACCUCCAGCUGUGACACUUCAGCUGACGGAGACUCAGCGGCGUCUCCAGGAUUCCCGGGCGCCAUGGACAGGUUUUACAUCGGGCCCCUCCCCCACGGCCUCAGCCCCCCCUGAGACGUCCUCCACGUCGACUCCACGAGAGAAACCCAGCAGGAGCGUCUGCUGAUGUCAGAUAUAACCGACGGGUCUGUUCAGGACUCGUUGGAGAGGUCAUGUGAUAUUCACAUCAGAGUCAUCGCUUUUAAAGACGGGUUUU